AUGGACCAUUCUCGAAUAAUGUCAACGACCUCCCUCAUACGUAGCAAACCUUCCGACACUGUGGCUGUCCCAGCAGCCAAUGACUAUAAACCUCCAAACCCAGACUUCGCUUCGUCUCAUCAAGUUGGCAUCAUUGCAGGCGCAACAAUUGGUGGCCUCCUUGUCAUCAUCCUCCUAACGGUCAUCUAUGUCUACUUCUUCCGAGACAGCAGCUUGCAUAAAAAGCUCUUUAUCGUCCCGGAGAUAACUGAACUCCCCGGCUCUCAUCUUCACCCAGGCGAACUGCCCGUCUCCACCAGAAUCCAAUGGCCUCAGAAUGCUGCAACUCGUGCAGUUUCUCGCGUCCGAGGUGACCAAUGGGGUGGUAGCCGAGAUCACUCUAGGCGCAGACAUCUGGCUUUGGGGCCGAAGUCGAUGGUGGAACUGAAUGCAGGAGAGUGUGUUGAAGAAUUGGGUCAUUCAACACCGUGCCUGUGCUCUCCACAUAAAUCACACAAGCUUGGCACACUGGUCAGUGGAGGUGAAGCUACAGACUAUUUUUCAUUACUGAGCCCUCGAAUUUCAGUGAGUCCGAGAGCAAUCAUUACACCUGGGGCGAAAGAGAUACCUGCCGCAAUCAUACCAAAGAUAUUGCACAGUCAACCAGUGCCAGAGAGGAGCGGUAACAAUGGGAGCGUACGCUGCUUCUCUACUCAUGAAAAGCGGUCACCGCCCCCGCCAGUACCAAAUAUCGGAGACGACUAUCUGGCUUCAUCGAAGCCACCAAUCUUCAUACGACGAGCGUUAUCUAAAGCUGGAUUUGACAUUUCAUCACCUUCCGAAAGUGAGGUAGAAGAAGGAGCGGCCUGGAGUGAACAGACGAUCAGCCGGCAGACAAAUGGCGAGACGACUGAUGGAGUUGAGAAUUGA